GUACACUCCCUCGCUAGGCCCCUUCGUCGUCUUUGACCAGUGUGUUGAGGUUUGCUGUGUCUGAACAGCAACAGGGAGAAAACAGUGAAUGUACAGACUGAGGCUAAUGUAACAAUGGGGGAAGAAACAAAAAAGGAUCUUCUAGUUAUAGCAGUGACUGCACAUGAUCCCAACCAGGAAGAUGACCUCAAGGCACAAGAGGCAAUGGACACUGCUCCUGAUGUCUCAGUACAGCUGUCCAUCAUGCGAAAGGAGAAGUUUGAAGUUCUUGGAAGGAAUGUGGGCUGGUGGCUGUAUGUGAAACGUGUUGACAAAGAGGAGAAAGGUUACAUUCCCAGCACAUGUGUUGUACCACUGAAGGAUGAUUUAACCCAUGAAGAGGAAGAAGAGCUCAGCCACAAUGUCGAGCUAACUGCAGACCUAAUCAAUCCAGAGGUUGAUUUGAAGUUCUUUCCAGCUACUCCUGUUGACAAAGAUGUUACAAAUAGGGGUGUUUGUCCAGAACAAAAUGCAAACGUCUUUUCAAAAUUGACAUUUUGGUGGCUCAAUGGGUUGAUCUAUACAGGGUUUAAGAGGCCUCUGGUUGAUGAGGAUUUGUGGGCAUUGGGAAAAGAUAACAAGUCUGUAAACAUUGUGCCUAAGUUUAUGGAGAAGUGGGCCAAGGAAGAAAAACGAUGUGCAAUUGGGAAGAGAUGUCCAUUAGAAGAUCAGCAAGAGCAAGAGCAAGAGAGGGAUAAAUUGACAGAAGAAAAUGAUGAAACUAAAGUUGAAUUUGUUCCGAAGAAUGAUGAGAAGCAGUCAAAGGAUAAGAAAACGGACAAAAAGAGACCUUCAUUAGUCAGAGCCAUGGUUUAUCAGUUUGGACCUCAGUUUUUUAUCGGAAUGAUUCUCAAACUUAUCUACGAUGUUAUUCAGUUUGUCCAACCGCAGCUUGUAAAGUGAGUAAUUAAUCCAGCAGUGUGAUGUAUAAAGUAACAGGGACUGCAAAGACCAUUAAUUUUUUAAAGUGGUAGGGCUAAAAAAAUCUGGCCAAUAUAAACAAAUGCCGAGGAAGUGUUUGUCACUUAUCUUGCACAGCUUUACCAAGCCUUGAACUUGAGGCAAAUGUGUGAGAAUUAAGACACGUUUUAUUACUUUCAAGUCGUAAAAUCCAUGUUCUGUCCAUCUCAACUGGAGCCCUAAAAAAUAAAUCCCAACAAUAAAAGUGGCAGGGGCUAUAGCCCUGCCAGCCCCUUUCCCCUCCAUGGUCCCUGAGUAAUUAAUUUUAUGUUUGUAUCUAGGAUAAUUUGGUUUUACCAACUUAGUUGAAAUUUAGCUUGGCCACCAUAGGGAGUUUCUA